CCAAAUUUAAGAACAACAAAUGCUUCUUGUUCCUGUCUCGUGCGUAUUUACAUCACCGCAAAAUCACAAUUCACACCACACACGCAUCACACUCUCUCUCUAAAAACAAUAAACAAGAUCCAUUUUCAUCGCUCGCUAUCGUCGAUGAUGAAAUCUCUGGAUAUUCUCAAAACCCCUUCUUCAGUUAAAAUCAUCACUCUCACACUUUUCUCUUUAACCCUUCUCAUCUUCCUUUUCACCAAUUAUUCAUCCACCACCAUCACUUCUCUCACCUUUUUCUCUCCCUCUCCCUCUCCCGAUCAAUCACCACAAUCACCACAACCACCACAACAACAACCGCUUCCUCCCUCUUCCGAUGACCACCAACAACAACCACCACCACCACCUCCUCCGUCACCUAAACAAAAACCUCCAAAACCUUUCAUUGUCCCUCCCUUACCGGUACAACAACAACGAUUAGGACUACUAGACGAAAAUGGCUUCAUGACAGACAAUUUCACCGUCGGCAACGACACCAUCACCGACGACGACUUACUGUUGAAUUGGAACAACAAUGAGACAAGUCUGGAGAAGAAGGAUGUGGAGAAGUUUGUGGUGAAGAAGUUUAAGAUUUGUGGUGAUAUGAAAAUGGUGGAUUAUAUACCUUGUUUGGAUAAUGUGGAAGAGAUUUUGAAGUUUAGUGGAAGUGAAAGAGGGGAGAAAUAUGAAAGGCAUUGUCCUCAACAAGGGAAGGGUUUGAAUUGCAUGGUUCCUAGACCUAAGGGUUAUAAGAAACGUAUUCGUUGGCCUCAGAGUAGAGAUCAGAUUUGGUUCCGUAAUGUACCCCAUACGCGUCUGGUUGAGGAUAAAGGUGGACAAAAUUGGAUAUCAAUAAAGAAGGAUAAGUUUGUUUUCCCAGGAGGUGGAACACAGUUUAUACACGGCGCAGACAAAUAUCUUGAUCAGAUUUCCGAGAUGGUUCCCGACAUUGCAUUUGGUAAGAACACAAGAGUUGCUUUAGAUAUUGGCUGUGGAGUGGCAAGUUUUGGUGCAUUUUUGAUGCAGCGUAAUGUGAUCACUCUCUCAAUAGCACCGAAAGACGUUCAUGAAAACCAGAUUCAAUUUGCCCUUGAGCGCGGUGUGCCUGCCCAUGUAGCAGUAUUGGCUACACAUCGUUUGUUGUUACCAAGUCAGGCAUUUGACCUCAUCCAUUGUUCAAGAUGCCGAAUUAAUUGGACUCGUGAUGAUGGAAUUUUGCUUCUUGAGGCAAACAGGCUUCUAAGGGCCGGUCGUUACUUUGUGUGGGCAGCGCAGCCUGUAUACAAACAUGAAGACAGUCUUCAAGAACAAUGGAAAGAAAUGGAGAACCUGACAGCUCGUAUGUGUUGGGAACUUGUACGGAAAGAGGGUUAUAUUGCUAUAUGGCGGAAACCUGUGAAUAAUAGCUGCUACCUUGAUCGUGACGCUGCUGUGCAUCCUCCAUUAUGCGAGUCCAAUGAUGAUCCAGAUGAUGUUUGGUAUGUUGGUCUUAAGGCAUGCAUAACUCAAUUGCCUAAUAAUGGAUAUGGAGCAAAUGUUACUAACUGGCCUUCACGCCUCCAUCAAAUACCAGACAGGCUUCAAAGCAUCAAAAUGGAUGCCAUUAUAUCCAGACAGGAGCUCUUAAAGGCCGAAUACAAUUAUUGGCAUGAAAUAGUACACAGUUAUGUGCAGGCCUUCCAUUGGAAGGAGUAUCCCUUUAGAAAUGUAAUGGACAUGAGGGCAGGAUUUGGAGGGUUUGCUGCAGCAAUGCAUGAUCUCCAGCUUGACUGUUGGGUUAUGAAUGUUGUUCCUGUUAAUGGAUUCAAUACCUUACCUGUUAUAUAUGACCGAGGGCUAAUAGGAGUUAUGCAUGAUUGGUGUGAGCCAUUCGAUACAUACCCAAGAACAUAUGAUCUGCUACAUGCAGAAGGUCUCUUCUCUAUUGAAAAAAAGAGGAAAAAGUGUAGUAUUUCAACAAUCAUGCUCGAGAUGGAUCGAAUGCUAAGACCAGAUGGUUAUGUAUAUAUACGUGACUCGUUAGGCGUUAUUAUCGAACUUGAAGAAAUUUCAAAAGCAUUGGGAUGGGUGAUUACCCGGGAUGAUGUAGGAGAGGGUCCAUAUGCAAGCCGGAAGAUAUUAAGGGCUGAGAAGCGCUUUUGAUGCUAGCGCAAGUUGGUCCAGUUGGUAAGGAUUCAACUCAUCUCACAAGAAUCUGAGUUUGAAUCUCAUUGCUGACGUGAGAACUUUGUUGGUGGAUAAUAUGUAAUUAAAGAAAAAAGAUCCGCUUUUGAAUUGCUCAAUUGUAUCGAUAACCUGGAAAUUCAUACCGGAAAUUCAUAUAUUCGUUCACGCAACUAGAAAUUGUUAAUCAUGGUAAUCUACCUAUAGUGCCACCAGAAAUGUGACAACCCUUGCAUUCUUAUUCAAGAGUUCUCUAUAUUUUGCAUCGAUGUUGAAUCCCUACUAAAGGGAUUUUUUUUUUUUCUUUCUCUUAAGAGAUUGAUUUGUAUUUAUUGACCUGUGUAAUUUUUUUUUACAUACACGUUCUAUUAUUGAAAUGUCAUUAUUUAGAUAAUGUAAUAAUAUUAUUUUCUGAAGUGUCUGUACAAAUAUGAAUGGUGAAAUGUGAUUGGAUUUACACA